CGAUAACGGCAGCUUCGUUGUGCUUGUUUAGGUGUGAGAAAAUAUAUCAGGAUAAGUAAUGGAACACACAUGACGAAAGCAAGAACAUGGAUACAACAGAGUCCCCAGAUCGUAAAGAUAAUGUACCACCAGUCGUAGACUCCUCCGAAAUAGAACAGAAAAACGUGGGAAUCGCUGAACCAGUGUCUGACUCAAGGCCGGAGACAAACGUCGAUAGCAAUGGCGAAGACGGCAGCUCGACGUCGAAACGAAAAAGAGACCCAACUGAACCAGAGACUGAAACCAAGGAAUCAGAUGACGUGGAAAGUCCAACUAAGAAACAAUGCACAGAAAGAGGGGAAAGCACGAGCGAAGAGAAAGAGAGGGAGCAUCAUAGACUUAAAGAAGAACAGCGCAGAGAAGAACGGCAGAAAAUGCACACUUUAGUUUCUGCGUUCUCAGAAGAACAGUUAAAUCGAUAUGAAAUGUACAGAAGGUCGUCUUUUCCAAAAGCUGUUAUAAAGCGACUGAUGCAGUCAAUAAUAGGAACCUCAGUGUCUCAGAAUGUUGUCAUAGCAAUGGCUGGAAUUGCUAAAGUGUAUGUGGGAGAAAUUGUUGAGGAAGCACUUGAUGUAAUGGAAAUAUGGCAAGAGAGUGGACCACUUCAACCAAAACACAUCAGAGAAGCAGUCAGACGAUUAAAAAAUAAAAAUAAAGUUCCCUGUACCAAAUAUAAGAAAACUUUGUUUAGGUAGCCUCAAAUGUUGUGCAGAUUUGUGAAAACUUUUGCAGAGCUGUUUCAAUCAAACUCAGAUACAAGCUGCUGAGAUCUCAUUGAGAUUGAGAUCAAUGAGAUCUCAGCAGCCAUUAACAUCUGAGGUUGAUUUCAUAAAUUAGAGAGCUUUGUACAUUUUAUUACAUGCCUUCACCUCCUCAUUAAUGUGAUCCAUGGUUUACUAGAAGAAUAUCUGUGGUAUUCUCUGGCCCAGCUUAUAUUGACCAUAUCAACCCAUUUAGUAGAUGUUCAGUAAACAGUGAUUCAAGAUAAUGGACAUCUCUAAAGUUCAACUAGAUUUUGUAAAUGAUGGUUGAGCCACCAUUGACUUUCACACAUCUUGUAUACUAACACGUUUAUUCAUUAUUAAAAGUACAAUAAUAAAGAUUGUAUGAUUAUAUGAAAUUAUAGAGUAUAUAAUUGUGAAUAAUAUGAUUAAAACACACAAUGAAUGUUUGUAAAACUUA